AUGACCAGGUAUCAAGAAAAUGAAUCAAUCUUGUUUCAUAAUACAGAAGAAACUGUCUUCCUGGUCGAUAUCCCACACUCAAUUGCAGAAGCCCAAUUCUUAUCACCGGGUCAAUUCUCCCCACAGGCAUCCGUUUCAGAGCUAGGGGAAAGCCAUACAUCAUCUAAGCCAAAGCCUAAAAUCAAAAGGCUUACAUCAACACUUCCCCUGGAGAAUCCUUAUCCUUCUUCAACGGAGCCAAAGACAGAGGCAGCACGCGCCAGAAUCCUAUCUAGAGUAUCGCUAGGUGAACGUCGGUAUCAUGAUGAAUUCAUUCAGCCCCUCGUUGCUGCUGCUUUGAAUGAGCUCCAAACUGCCUAUAAGCCAUCGGACCCAGAUAGUCAUUGGUGCCUUCCUAGGGCUGUACGUGAUGAACAGAUGCAGCAGCCCAGAACGGAAUCGACCCCGGAUGCCGUCACUUCUACUACGGAUAAGAAGCGGAAAAUAGAGCAUUUACAGCAUGGAUCUGCCACAGAAGGCUCUGAUGGAAAUGAGUUAAUAUCUGAGAUUCCCUGCUCAUCAGAUGUCCCACCAACAAUUCUAUCAUCUUCUUCCUGCAAUACAUUUUUCUUGCUCACAGAUCUUUCGGGUGGUGUAGUGAAGAAUCCAUCAUCAGAACAAAGUGUCCUAUCUAUCGGUACCACUGGGAAUGGAAGCGAAGAUGACAGACCAGGCUGUUCUAUGUAUAUGAUUCCUCCUCAGUCAGUCUUCUCGCUUUGCACGCUUCCAUUAUCGGAUACAGAAGGCAUGAGCCCUCCAAUUCCAGGAUUUCCGUACACCAAGCGCUUUAACCUGAUAGUCUUCGAUCCACCUUGGCCCAACCGCUCUGUUAAACGCAGCAAGAAAUACCAGACCCAUUCAUACAACGAAAUGGAACUUUUGAGUUCCUGGAUCCAGAACGUACUCACUGUACACUCGCAUAAUCCCCUUUUUGAUUCCCAGCCAUCAAACACAACUAAAAGUUCAUCUCCGGAAGCUCAUGAUACACAAGUCCCAAGUCACCAAAGCUUCGCAGCUAUCUGGAUCACGAAUUCCGAAAAAGCUAGGAGAGCCGCGUACCAAGCCUUAUCACAAAAUGGAUUCGAUAUCCAUGAAGAGUGGAUCUGGGUUAAAGUCACAGCUAAGGGUGAACCCGUGUGUCCGGUGAAUGGGGUUUGGCGAAAACCCUAUGAGAUUCUCGUGAUAGGGCGAGCAAUUCAGAGUCAUGCGGAGGUUACCAUAUGUCCUCUGGGUUCUGGCUUGAUUAGCACUGAUGAGGUGGUAUUAGAGAAUAAUAAUAUCGACUUGCUUGGUCUAGACCCGGGAACAGUUUCUCGACGAGUUAUUGCAGCGGUCCCAGAUCUUCAUUCGCGGAAACCGAAUCUGAAAACAAUUUUCGAGCGGUUUUUGUUCAGUUCAAGCAAUGAUACAUGUGUAUCCGAGUCUUCUUGCGAGUCAUAUACGGCGCUGGAAGUUUUUGCUCGGAAUUUAACUGCUGAAUGGUGGGCAUGUGGGAAUGAAGUGUUGAAAUUCAAUGCUAGCGAUUGUUGGACAGAACUUGAUGAAGAUAAAUGA